ACAGAGCUGCAGCUCCACGGUGGCUGCUCCGCUGCUCUCCUCUCCUCUCCACGCUACGGCAACACGACCGGAGCCGAACCGAGCCGAGCAAGGGGUGGAGGGGGCAGACAGACGGAGAGACGCGCAGUUCCUUGCGGCACAUUACUGUGUAAAUGUGCGGUAAAUGGGAUUAAACCGCUCAUACGGCGCUUUAAAAACACUGGCAGCAGCAGUAGAGGAGAGUAGGGGGAGCUCCGCGCCACUUAGCGUCGCCGCAUGUGCUCGUUCGAGUGCGGCUGGGAAACUUGCGCUGGAGCGGGAAGAAAGAUUGAAAAAGAAAGAAGGAACAAGAUAAAGAAGAGGAGAACUAACGGUAGCUGCAGCCUGAAGUGAACCCCCUGCUCCAGGUCUGAUCUCCUGCCUCUCCUCCUCUCACAUGCCUGCGUUGAUGUGGGAUAGAGGGAUGUUUGAAUUAUUAAACUUGCUAAAAGCACCGCAGAAGAAAUAGUUUUUGUUUGUUUUUUAAGUUCAUUUUUAUCGGAAAUAAGGUAGACAAGCUAGGGUGACAUGGACGAGCCCCAGAGCAACGAGGACGUGCGCAAGAGCGGCUACCUCCGCAAGCAGAAGUCCAUGCACCGGCGGUACUUCGUGCUCCGCGCCGCGUCGGAGCGCGGCCCGGCCCGCCUGGAGUACUACGAAAGCGAGAAGAAAUUCCGCGGUAAGGCCCCCAUCCCGAAGAAGACGGUGGCGCUGGAGACCUGCUUCAACAUCAACAAGCGGGCCGACUCCAAGAACAAGCACAUGAUAGUACUCUACACCCGCGCGGAGAGCUUCUCCGUGGCCGCGGAGAACGAGGCGGACCAGGACGAGUGGUACCAGGCCAUGGUGGAGCUGCAGUGCAAAAGUAAGAACCCAGCCGACGGUGAAGCUGCAGGAGACUAUGGCGUGCCCAGUCCUGGUCCUGCAUUCAAAGAAGUGUGGCAGGUGAAGGUGUGGCCCAAAGGUCUGGGUCAAGCUAAAAAUUUGGUGGGCAUCUAUCGCCUUUGCCUGACUGAAAAGACGGUCAACUUUGUCAAGCUCAACUCUGAUGCUGCUGCUGUGGUGCUGCAACUGAUGAAUGUCAGACGCUGCGGCCAUUCAGAAAACUUCUUCUUUGUUGAGGUGGGACGCUCUGCUGUGACAGGCCCGGGCGAGUUCUGGAUGCAGGUGGAUGAUUCAGUGGUGGCCCAGAACAUGCAUGAAACUUUGCUUGAGGCCAUGAAGGCAUUGAGUGAAGAGUUCCGCCAACGCAGCAAAUCACAAUCAAACUCCGGCCCUGGUGGCGGUGCUACUGCCUCUAAUCCCAUCAGUGUUCCUUCACGCCGCCACCACCCAAACCCUCCUCCCAGCCAGGUGGGCUUUACCCGCCGGCCCCGAACCGAGCCCCCUGGAGGCGUGAACAGUGGAGGCAAUGGGGCCAAUGCUUCUCCCACACCACGGGACAUCUUCCCAAGGUCUCGCACUGCCAGUGAUGGGGGGAAAAGUGAGGAUGGGAUGACCACACCUCUCCAAGGACCGAGCUCCAAUCCCUCCACCAAUGGCUCAUCCUCUAACACCCCAAUCCUCAGGUCUAAGUCUGUCCGUUCAGUCCCCACCACAGCUGCUAAAACUCCUCUUGGGCUGAUGCGCUCCAUCUCAACCCCAGCACCCUCCCCAGCCCAAAGCCUCUCAUCUAGUUCUGGGCAUGGCUCUGACUUUGGAGGCGUAACAUCUUCUGGCACUGGUCCAAAUUGUGGUACCUACAGUCGACUUCCUUCCCAUCGUGCCUCUGUCUCAGGCUCUCCCAGUGACUAUGGCUCCUCAGAUGAGUACGGCUCUAGUCCUGGGGAUCACACGCUCCUUCCCUCCCCAAGUCUCCCUGGAAGCUCUGUUGGUAGUGUCUGCAGCCAAUCUCUUGGUGAGGAGGGAGCAAACUACAUCUUGAUGGGUCAGCGAAGUAGUGGAGGUGGUGGUGGUGGCAGUAAUCAGGGGAACUUGACGUCCACUUCCCUUCCAGUACCAGGAACACCAACCUGUGUCUCCCAGGCCCAUACCAGGAGAGUGCUCCGUCGCUCCUCCAGUCGUGAAUGUGAAGCUGAACGUAGGCUGCUGAGCAAGCGGGCUUCCUUACCUCCCAUGACCCUGGAGAGGCUGGCCCCACAUCAGCGUAGAGCUGAGGAACCAGCAGAUGAAGAUUCUGCUGAUUAUGCCAUUAUGUCGAGGAGCACUAGCCGUGAGUCCUUCACUUCCAACUCCUCUUCCACACAGAGGAACUCUGUCCUGGGUCCUGGGUCAGCAGGGGGUGGAGGAUACUUGGAUGUGUCUGGGGAGUUCAGAAAUGAAGUGAGUGGUGGAGCAGGUGGUAAUAUAGAUGUAGGUGUAGACAAUGGGUAUAUGUCUAUGCUUCCUGGUGUCACACAGCCUCCAGUAUCCUUGUCCCAGUCAUUGGCUGUCUCUGUCCCAGACUCAGACUCUAAACCUGCCGAUGAUUACAUGGCCAUGACCCCUAACAACAGUGUGUCCCCUCCACAGCAAAUACGGCCUCCACCAGCCUCUGAUGGCUAUAUGAUAAUGUCCCCGAAUAGCAGCUGUUCUCCUGACCAACGUGGAGGUCUCUCUGGAGGGGUUUGGGUGGGCAGUGGUAGUGCAGACAGCAGGGCAGGGAGUGACUAUAUGAACAUGUCUCCAAUCAGUACACGUUCUGUAAAUGGUAGCCCCCCACCUCCCGAACACACCAGCCAUUUAGAAUCCAGCUCUCAACAGCAAGCUCCAAAAAUGGUGUAUUCUUACUAUUCCCUUCCCCGGUCAUACAAACAUAACCCUUCUGCUGGACACUUUGAAGAUGGACCUGGACGAGGAAGAAGGCAUAAUGGGACUUGUAAUAGGGGAAUUGGUGGAAGUAAGACUAUUGGAGUGCGUCAGGAGCAAGCAGCAGCCGGCAACUCAGUGGUAGGACGCCACCUGUCACUCUCCUCUUCGUCAUACUCCUCCAGCUCAGCCAGCAGUGAGAGCCUUGGGGAAAGUGAGGAGCGAACUGCACAGGCAGUGAACACCAUGGCUGGGGGAUCUCAGUCUAAAGAUGGGAGUAAGCUCCAGCAGAGACGGGGCUCUGGUGGAUUGUCCAAGCAUAACAGCCAUACUAGAAACAGACCAGUGAGUCUGUUUGUUGAUGUAUCCAAGGCUAAUACUCUUCCUAGAGUCCGUGAGAAUCCUGUGCUCCCAGAACCUAAGAGCCCUGGGGAGUAUGUGAGCAUUGAGUUUAAGGGGGAGAAGUGCAACCAGACUGGGACUGGAGGAGGCCGUGGCAGGGGUGUCAGACAUGGCUCAACACUGCCUCAUUCCUUAAACAACCAGAAUCCUCAACACAGGCCAAUUUCUUGCCUAGGUAACUUUGUCCCUCUCUCCCGUAGUCCCUCUGCUCCUGUCACUCCCCCAUCUGCAUCUGAAUAUGUCAACAUGGACCUGGGUCCUUCUCCAUCCCCCUCACCUCUGUCCCUUACCCCAAUAGUUUUCCCACCUUUCCACACCCCUCCUACGCCUCCAACUCUUGCUCAUGCCCCAAAAGCUUGCGACGAAGGUACUGCUGGCCCUUGUGAAGGGGGCGCUGAAGGAGCUGAGGCCCAAAUAAGGGAAAGCAGAGAAAGUGCUCCAGUGGCGGCUGAGUCCCCUACAUCUUGUGGAGACUAUACGGAGAUGGUCUUCAACUUGAAUAGCAACAAUGGCCCAAGGUCAUCAUCAAGUGUCUCCCCCAAAGCCCCCUCCCCCUCUAGGACUGAUCCUCCUGUUCCCGUAUUAUCACGUGGUCUGGAAUUUCCCCUGUCCAAACCCGGACUAAAUCCAGACCAUGGGGCUAAAGUUAUCCGUGCCGACCUCCAAGGACGCAGGCGACAUUGCUCAGAAACCUUCCUUGCCUCGCCUUCUCUCCCCACUUCUACCUCUACAUCCUCUUCGUCCACUGCCUCCCUAUUUCCUGAACACACCCAAGCUGUGGCCCGUCGGCUGGGCUUUGAAAGCAUGCUGUGGGGUAAUGGUUCUGUGACUGAUACCCCCAGUCAGUGCAUCCCUCCUGGACAGCAAUCCCUUCCCACAAACACUCAGACCUCAUCCACUGAGCAAGGUCUUAACUACAUUGACUUGGACUUGGUGAACAAAGAGGGCCCCCAUUUGGGCCUGGAUGGACCCUCAGGCAGCCAGACCUCCUCCCGGCUCCUCUCUGUACUGGGUGGUCCUGGGAUGGGGGGAGUGGGUGCAGCAGUUGGCAGCAGCUCCAGCCUCAACACUUACGCCAGCAUUGACUUCUACAAAUCAGAGGAGCUGCGGACACAUCAGAACGGAAACAAGGAAGGAACAGAGUGCUGAUAUUGGUGCAUCGUCCUUGGGGAGACAAUCUGGUACCACUCAGAGAGCUUCACAGCCCCGCCUGUUCCUUUCUGCGACAACCAAUUGCAUGGAAAGAGCAAUUGGAUGGGACACGCCCCUGUAGCACUUUGACAGAGACUGAUGGAAAAGGGUCUUUCUCUCUCUCUUCUUUUUUUCCUUCUCCUCUGCUUUCAUCUCAUUAGUUAUGGAAACCAGCGGGGGGAUGUGUGCCAAAUGACAUUCUAGUAAAGAUAUUUGCUGCUCUCAUUCCAUUGAGUGAAAGCCAAUCAGAGAAGGGUAUAAAAAGUGGGGCGCGAUAUUUUUAUUUUAUUGUGAUUUUGUUUUGCUUUUUUAGAUUUCUUCUAAGAGAAAAAAAAGAACUAUAACAAGAUAUAUAGAACUGUUCAAAAAGUGCCUCAUUUUCAGUAUGUAGCCGUUUUACACACAACUUCAACUUAGCCUCAACUAAGUGAAGCUUUAGGUCCUUUUAUUGUGCUCAGUUUGUUGUAAUUACAAACAAGCAGCAGAUAUAGCAACAAAUAUGCUUAGCCAACUUGCUGCGUUCACGUCCGGAUGGAUGGUACUUUGAUAUGAUCACAGGGUUACUCGAGCGAUUGGAGGACUGGAAGGCUGCAGAUAUCUGUUUUUAUUGAUUAUAUGCACAUCUGUAUGAAUGAAUGAAUGAUUAUUUUUUUUUAAAGUUCUCAAAAUCAGUGACGAAAAAGGAAUAAGCUGGAGCUCAAGCCUUAUUUUAGCUGAAACUAUUCAUUGAAUAACCCAGAAUAUCACUAACGCUACCACAAAACCAAAAAAACAAAACAACACGAGUACAGAAUAAAUCUUGUUUUA